AUUUUCCUUCCACAGCAGUGUGGCUGAGAUUGGGAAGUUGGACUCACCACUAACAUGUUGGCGCUCCAAGUCAAUACGUGCCUUCCUCAUGAGUUAGACCUAAUAAUGGAUGAAUGCAACAGUUGAUUUUAAGUGGAAAAGUCACCAACAGGGCAAAUGGUGAAAUUAAACCAGUUGUAGAGGCAAAGGUUCCUGAAGAUGUGGCUGAUACCACUGUGGAAGUCCAGAUGGAACCCAUCAUGGAUAACACCCUGCAUACAUUACAUGGUUUUCAAAAUGAAAAUCCUGAAACUGUAGACAGUGCAAAAACGGAAGAAAUUAAAACCCCAGCUGUUGAUAACAAAGAAGAUAGUUCACCUCCAUUGAGACACAAAACCAAAAAACAUAAACAUAAACAUCAUCAUAAGCACAAAAGUAAAAAGAAGAAGAAAAAGAGGAAGAAAAAGAAAGGAAAGAGAGACCACUUUAGGGCUCGCUCAGGAUCUUGUCUGAGUCUGAAGCCACAGCCUGAGUCACGGUUGCAAUCACAAUCCCAGUCAAAGUCACCUUUAAACAAUGAAUGUAGCACUAUAAAGAGUAAAAAUAUCUCUCUUUUGACAAAAGCAAGCAGAACUGGGUCAAGUAAAAAUACAGUCGAUGAAGUAACUGAUAUAAGUACUGUAGUACCUGUGGGAGUUGAAAAGGAAUGCUCUGCGGCUGAAAAGCCAUUGGUACAGGAUCAUUGUAAAAAAAGUCUACAUGUAAAAAAGAACAGCGUUGCUGACAUAAAUUUUGGCAAGGAAACAGCUACAGUUGGAAAUGUUUCUGGAUUAUUGGCUGCAGCAUCAGCUGUUGAGCAGGACCAUGAAUCCAAAUUGGGUUUUAGUAGUGGUUCAGACAAUGUACAAUCAAAAUCUACUCAGACUGUUGAAGAAAAAGUUAAAACUGACAGAGUUGAGGCAAGGAGAACGAAAAGAAGUCGGUCAAGAUCUCAUUCGAAGUCAGUGAAACAUCGCAAGUCACAAUUACAUUCUCACACCCAUUAUUCUGUAAAAACAUCAUCGAGCAGUAAGCAUAUAUCCCAAAGUUCAUGUUCCAGGAAACAAUCUUCACCGGUUAAACGUCGAUCAAGGUCAACCUCCAAAGAACAGAAGAAGCACACAGAAUCAUCUCCAAAGUCUAAAAGGAAACAGUGUGAUUCUCGCUCGAGAGCAAGGAAUGAACAACAGUCAAAAUCAAAAUCUCGUUCUCCUUCAAGGUUACGCCGUAAAUCAAGGUCACACUCUGCAACAAGGCCCAAACAGAAGUCAAAAUCACGGCAUUGUUCUAGAUCAUGCUCACGGUCAAAACACAGGAGUAGGACUCACUCAGGAUCUCCUGUGAGAUCAAGAUCCAGAGUUAAACGGUCACACUCUCCAAGACCUAGAUCAAGAUCCAGUGACAGACGAUGUCAUUUAUCAGGUUCAAGACUAUACCGUAGUCGGCUUGUGAGGACACGGAGGUCACCUGAUUGGCGGAGGAGAUCCAGAUCUCCCUUAAGGAGAAAAAGCCCCAGCAGAACACCUGAACGCCUCACAGACCUAGAUAAAGCACAGUUGCUAGAGAUAGCAAAAGCCAAUGCUGCAGCCAUGUGUGCCAAAGCUGGAAUGCCUUUGCCAGCAAACCUGAAACCUGUUGUACCCCUUGUUAAAAAUGUGAUCGCCAAAAAAAUAGGUUGUACAUCAAUACAAGAACUCACAGAGAAAUGCAAGAAAAUUGUUGAAAGCAAUGAUAAUGAAUUGGGUAACGAACUUCAUGUCUCUGAAGAGGAUGAAUCAUUCAUUAAUCAACCAAUUAAAGUUAAUGAACUGAAAUCCAUUUCUUUCAGCUUAAACAAUGCAACAGUGAACCCAGCAGCAAAAACGCAGGUAGCUUUAACUAAGGAGUUUCCAGUCUCCUCUGGCACACAACACAGGAAGAAAGAGGUGCUGAAUGUUUAUGGUGAGUGGGUUCCUGUGGAAAAAGGCAGUGAAGAAACCACUGAUGAUGUCUUUGCAGAUGUCUCUACUCAGGCAGUAGAUAUCUCUGUAAUAAUGACUAAGAGAGCAACAGCUCAGAGACGACUUGUAAAAAAUCCAUAUGAUGUAGAGGCUAUGUCGAUGAUCCUUCGGACACAGGAACAGAUUGAUGUGUGGGCUCAGUCAAACUCUCUGCCUGGUCAGUUUACAGGCAGUACUGGAGCUCACGUCUUGAGCUAUGAAGAACUAACAAAUAGUGGCCCUCAAGCUUGGAUCAGGAAGGACCAGUUCCUGAAGGCUGCACCUUUAUCUGGAGGAAUGGGAGCACAUUUGAUGCAGAAAAUGGGCUGGAGGCAAGGAGAAGGGCUGGGAAAAAACAAAAAUGGGCCAGUAGAACCUAUAGUCGUUGACUUCAAGAUUGAUCGUAAAGGUGAUGAUGCUCCUUGGUCUUCAGUUUAUUCAUACAGUGGUCUUGUAGCUGAAGGUGAGAAAAUGCACAAGAAACCUGCAAACUUUGCCAUAAUGAAGGAUCUGUCAGGAAAACAUCCUGUUUCUGCACUGAUGGAAAUUUGUAACAAGAGAAAAUGGCCUCCACCUGAUUUUCUGAUGGUCCAUGACAGUGGUCCAGAUCAUUGCAAACAUUUUUUGUUUAAGGUGAUGAUCAAUGGCACAGAGUACAAACCCAGCCUACCUAGUCCUAACAAGAAGCAUGCUAAGGCCUCAGCUGCCACCAUUGCGCUGCAGGCCAUGGGGCUUGUUCCAAAGGAUGGUGGUACUUCAGCCUCAGAUAAUGCUACAUGAAAUUAUCAUUCAAUAUCUGCCAUUAGGUUGUUCAAUUGUGUAAAUAAAAAUGUUUUGUUAACUAUUGUGCAAUUUACUCUUUUUACAAAAGUGAUUAAUUCCUGUCGAAACUCAGCAAUGCAAGAUUAUCCCAUUGUACAUUUGUAAGUACC